AAGUAGAACACACUGAUUCAGCAGAACUGGCUGGUUGUGCUGCAGUCAUCAUGAGUAGGCACAGGGUCAUUUGUUUCUUAUCACAUGUAUGAGAGAAAAAGGUUCAGACAGGAGUCUGGUGGUCUUUCCCUGACAAAUGGAGAACUAUUUCCAAGCAGAGGCAUAUAACCUUGAUAAGGUUUUAGAUGAAUUUGAGCAAAACGAAGAUGCCGCUGCUUCACCUACACUGUUGGGUGCAAAGUGGAAUCAGAUUCUAGAUCCCCCUUCUCGUCGCCUGUCGUUUAACCCGCCCGUGGCCAACGUGAAUGAAGCUACAGCUCCUGAUGAAUGUCAGCAGAGAUUAAAGUCUUUCUCCUUGUCUCAUUCGGUGAACGCACCAACAGGAGGAGGGGUUCACUGUGCUAAUGGAAAGGAUUUUAGUAUAAGCUCAGAAACCCCCGUUAUGUGGAUUGAUGAUCAGGCAGCAGCAGAUGAUCAAUUAAUUAAGAGGAAUAGCAGUCGAGAUGAUCAGUCUAACACUGCAGAAGCAAGAGACAAGAAAUGUGGAAAUGUAGCUUGCUUGUCGGAAGAAAAAAAUGUACUAGUGGUGGCAGUCAUGCAUAACUGUGACACAAGAACACUACAAAGUGGUGAUUUGCUGGAUUGUAAAAAUUACAACAGUCAGUCCCUAAUGGACACUAUUAGCUUUACACUGGAUAAUGAAAACCGACAGAGUGAUCAGUUUAGUGUUACUGUAAAUGGAUCAACUGAAAAAGAUACAGAUAUAGAAAAGCAAGUAAAUCAGCUCUGUGCUGAAGAUGACUCUAUUACUCAUUUGAUUAAUGCUUCAUCUGAAAGCCUGUCCAUUGCAUGCCCCUCCUCUCGAUUAAAGGAUGAUCUUAGUAUGAGUAGAGAUUCACUGUUUUCAGACACUACAACUGCAGGGAUUAAUGCAGUGACUCUAUUACAGAGACCAGCUGAUGGUGCCAUUAAAACACAAGAAAAUUGUAUAUCAGUUGAAAAUUUUACUAGUAAAGCCAUUACUCAGCGAACGGAUCUAGAAGCUAAAACCUCUUGUUGUUCAAGUAACGAAAGCUUAACUGUAGAAGCCGUGGAAGAGCAAACACCCCAACAGUUUCCAUCGAGGCUAUCUGGGCUCACUGAAUCUUGUCAACCUAAUGUGGCUGGAAGUGGCAAUUACAAGGAACAUGUUGCAGAACAUUCUGCAUCUGAGGAUGUUAGUGGCGUUGAAAGUGAAGUUAGUGAAUGUGAUGAAAAUCUUGGCACAAGGGAAUCGCUCAGCAUAGUGGAGUGUUACCCUGAAUCUCAGGAGAUGACUAAUUGGGAACUGACUAAAUUGAAUGAGAUGAAUAAUAAGCAAACUCUGGGAGAGAAUGAAAGGCUUCUGCAGACAAAACAGCCUGAUGAGGCUUGUAGUAAUAGUAGAGAAUGUGGAGAUGGGGUGAUGGAAGCAGGCGUGGACUUAAAAGGAACUGGUACAGAUGAGCUUGAAGGGCCCAGUCUCUCUGAGGUUGUGGGUACAUCAGCAGCAAGCUCUUUGUCUAAUGGUUGUGAUUCCUAUGGAAUGCAGAAUCCGAGUGUUGCUCAUAUUCCAAAGACUUUACCCUCCAAGGAAGACUCGGUGACAGAGGAGAAGGAGAUCGAGGAGAGCAAGUCAGAAUGUUACGCUAACGUUUAUGAACAGAGAGGAAAUGAGACCACAGAAGGUGGUGGUCUUAUUUUAAACAGCACUGGUGACCAAAUGAAAAAAAAAUAUUUACAUAACCUCUGUAGUCAGGUCCCAUCCAUGCAAGGACAAACAUCACCAAAACCAGUGACUAAUAUGCAGUCUAUUAGUGUUCCUUUUGGUGGUGCGAGACCUAAGCAACCUACAAAUCUUAAACUGCAGAUUCCGAAGCCAUUAUCGGACCACUUACAAAAUGAUCUUGUUCCCCCAAACUGUGGAGGUAAUAGUAAAAACAAAAAUGUCUUUGGUAAGACACAACUAGGGGAUACGUUGACAGCAGACAUGUUUGCUGGUGACGCAUCUUUAAAUGUCUCUAUUGCUGAUGCUAAUGGGGAACACUUGGAAGAGUAUGAAUCUGGAGUCUCUAGUAGUCCGUGCCUUGCAGUAGCCCCAGAUAGUCCAGACAAUGAUCUCAGAGCUGGUCAGUUUGGAGCUCCAGCCAGAAAGCCUUUUACGACUUUGGGUGAGGUGGCUCCAGUUUGGGUUCCAGACUCUCAAGCACCAAACUGCAUGAAAUGCGAGGCCAGAUUUACAUUCACCAAGAGGAGGCAUCAUUGCAGAGCGUGUGGGAAGGUUUUUUGUGCGGCAUGCUGCAGCCUGAAGUGCAAGUUGCUGUACAUGGACCGAAAGGAAGCCAGAGUGUGUGUAAUCUGCCAUUCCGUGCUAAUGAACGCUCAAGCCUGGGAGAACAUGAUGUUCCCUCCUUUGCAGCAGGCUCAGGCCUCAGGUGCCCUGAGCUCUCCACCUCCCACUGUCAUGGUACCAGUGGGAGUUUUAAAGCAUCCUGGAGCAGAAGUGGCUCAGCCUCGAGAACAAAGGCGUGUUUGGUUUGCUGAUGGGAUCUUACCCAAUGGAGAAGUCGCCGACGCAGCAAAACUGACGGUGGCUGGGACAACGUCCACGGGAACCUUAGCAGUGUCACACGAUCCAACAAAGCCUGUGGCGAACAACACUUUAGCAGCAGAAACUGAUAACACUUCAGUAUUCUCGGGAAGUAUAACUCAGGUUGGCAGUCCUGUUGGCAGUGCAAUGAAUCUAAUUCCUGAAGAUGGUCUUCCUCCAAUUCUCAUCUCCACUGGAGUAAAAGGAGACUAUGCGGUAGAAGAGAGACCUUCUCAGAUCUCUGUUAUGCAGCAGCUAGAGGAUGGUGGCCCUGACCCUCUUGUAUUUGUUCUAAAUGCUAAUUUGCUGUCUAUGGUAAAAAUCGUAAAUUAUGUGAACAGGAAGUGCUGGUGUUUCACUACAAAAGGGAUGCACGCAGUGGGGCAGUCGGAGAUAAUAAUUCUCUUGCAGUGUUUGCCCGAUGAAAAAUGUUUGCCCAAGGAUAUCUUUAACCAUUUUGUGCAGCUUUAUCGGGAUGCCCUAGCAGGUAACGUUGUGGGCAACCUGGGACACUCCUUCUUCAGCCAGAGCUUCCUCGGCAGCAAAGAACACGGGGGCUUCUUGUACGUUGGGGCUACGUAUCAGUCCCUGCAGGACCUGGUGCUCCCCACGCCGCCCUACUUGUUUGGCAUCCUCAUCCAGAAGUGGGAGACACCCUGGGCCAAAGUGUUCCCCAUCCGCCUGAUGCUGAGACUUGGAGCCGAGUACAGGCUUUAUCCGUGCCCGCUGUUCAGUGUCAGAUUCCGUAAGCCGUUGUUUGGAGAGACGGGACACACGAUUAUGAACCUGCUUGCAGACUUCAGAAAUUACCAGUACACGCUGCCUGUGGUCCAAGGUUUAGUGGUUGAUAUGGAAGUCAGAAAAACCAGCAUUAAAAUUCCCAGCAACAGAUACAAUGAGAUGAUGAAAGCCAUGAACAAAUCCAACGAGCACGUGCUGGCGGGAGGCGCCUGCUUCAACGAGAAGGCAGACUCGCACCUCGUGUGCGUCCAGAACGACGACGGCAACUACCAGACGCAGGCCAUCAGCAUCCACAACCAGCCGCGCAAGGUGACUGGUGCCAGCUUCUUUGUGUUCAGCGGAGCUUUAAAAUCCUCUUCGGGUUACCUUGCCAAGUCCAGCAUUGUAGAAGAUGGGGUGAUGGUCCAGAUAACUGCUGAGAACAUGGACUCUUUGAGGCAGGCCUUGAGAGAGAUGAAAGACUUCACCAUCACGUGUGGCAAAGUCGACGCUGAAGAUCCUCAGGAACACGUUCAUAUUCAGUGGGUAGAUGAUGAUAAAAACUUCAGCAAGGGGGUUGUGAGCCCUAUCGAUGGCAAAUCAAUGGAGUCUAUAACAAGCGUGAAGAUAUUUCAUGGCUCGGAGUACAAGGCCAACGGAAAGGUCAUUCGGUGGACAGAGGUGUUUUUCCUGGAAAAUGAUGAACAACAUAACAGUCUGAGCGACCCCGCUGACCACAGCAGAUUGACUGAAAACGUGGCAAAGGCUUUUUGUCUAGCCCUCUGUCCUCAUCUGAAAUUGCUGAAAGAAGAUGGAAUGACUAAGCUAGGGCUGCGUGUUACACUUGACUCAGAUCAAGUUGGUUAUCAAGCUGGGAGUAACGGACAGCCCCUGCCUGCCCAGUACAUGAAUGACCUGGACAGUGCCUUAGUGCCAGUGAUUCAUGGAGGGGCUUGUCAGCUGAGCGAGGGGCCGGUCAUAAUGGAGCUCAUCUUUUAUAUUCUGGAAAACAUCUCAUAAGAGGACUUCAUUUUCCGUUCAGACCUGUUCCAGCAGCAGUUGUAUCUGAAUCAUUUGCACUUUAAAACUGGAAAAUUAAGCUUUUGUUAACACUAUUAAUGGGAAGGGGGGAGGGUGGGGAGGGAGGGACAGUUGUUCCAUAAUUCUAAAUCUUCUAUGCAUUGUCAACAACCAGAGGAUCAGGGCAGCUUCUAUACUACAACAUGGCUAUGCUAUCCUUGCAGCUAAUCCACUUCUGUUACUGUUUAGA